UUGAUAGGUUCUCGCGGUCCAGGUAAACGCCAAAUCAAACCAACAGCCGCUGUGCUUGAUUUGGUUUUGCCCAACAACGAAGAUGAGGAAGAUGAUGAGGAUUUCGUAGCUGACAACGAAAACGAAUCAAACGAGGGCUCAGAUUCUGAAGAGAGUGAUUCGGAAGAUUCUGAAGAUACCUCAAGCAGUUUAUUAUCACUCUCCGGCGAUAACAAGAAUAGUUUGGAAAAGCAUUUUGGGAACUCUGCAUCUAUCCAUGGAUUGGUUGACGACGGUAAAGAGCAUGCAUGCGAUAGGGUGAAAAUUUGCUCAUCUCGCCCUUCACCUUGGGACAGGAGGCAGGCUGACCCUUCACCAAGGGCUAGAUGUGGUCUGACUGUUCAUGAUUCUUGUUAUAUGUCAUUAGACGUGAGCGAGGACAAUGACAGCACACAGUCUAGUUCAUCUACGGAGCCUUGGUUUUGCGAGCCAUGUGUGUAUGGAUACAAUGAGCCUCCGUACUGCGAGCUAUGUCCUUCUAGAUAUGGCGCCAUGAAAAGAUCAGACGUCGGUGGUCGAUGGGUGCACCUUAUCUGUGCAUUGUACACUCGGGGAAUUACGUUCGGUGAUAUAGACCAUUUGACAGCAAUCAGCUGGCAGGAAAUGGAUCAUCGUAAUUUUGGAAGAAAAGUGAGCUGCAACGGCUGCACAGAUAUUCUAGAAGCACGCUCUGGUGUGGCUACGCGAUGUGAACUAGGGAUGUGUAAGCAGCAUUACCACGCAACUUGUGCUCAAAGGUUGGGUCUUCUAGUGGAUCACAGCGAAGGUUUUGAUCCCCAUCAUUCACCAAGAUGUGGUGACAAUCAAGGUGUAGAACCUAGAUAUAUAAACUGCAGACAGCAUUCAAAUCCCGAUGAAGUACAACUGAAAAGAGCUGCGUGA